GCUGGGUCGGGGGGAACUUCGUGCUGGUUUCAAAUGUGAUGCAUGAUGGUGGGAAGCCUUCCUCAUGAAGAUCAAGAAAUUCCAAUACUUGGAUAAGACUUUAUAAUAUUUUUUCGAAAAACAACUCAUGAUAUUACGAGGUUGCUACUUAGAAGGGUACAUGACAAUCUCGAAAAAAUUGCUCAUUAUGUGGUGAUCAAAAGUCACUGCACAUCAAAAGGGCUUCUUUUUUUUUUUUUUGCUUGACAUUAAAAGGGUUGAUCAAUGUAAAGAUUCAGAGUCAAAUGAGCUAAACCUGCUGUGAAUUUGAGACAUGUCUGAUGUUACUAUCUGUUUGGUUCAAAUUCAACAUUACUUUCUCACUCCUAUGGCUUAAAAAUCAAAAUUGGAUGGAGGAAAGCUCUUAAUUGUUUUGCUUAGAUUGCAGUUAAUAUCUCCCACAGAGCAAUUGGUAAAGCUGUACAAUAGAGUAUUUGUUAUAGUAGUCAUCUUGAAGUGGUGAACCUUCUCUCGUUAUUAUAAUGGAAUGAACCAUAUCACAAAGUGUCGGCACUUAUACAAUGCAAAGUGCUAGUUAAAAUAUCUAAUGACUGACGUGCCUUUCAAUACCAAGUGUAUUUCCACUCAUCAAAGAUUAGUAAAUAUAUAUGUUGUCUUCACUUUUAGGAGUUGACUUGAUUAAGAUUCAAUGCAUGCGCAGUGCAGCCUCAGGCUAUGGAAUCCUUGUCAUUAUUUUGUUUUCUUUUUAACACAUGCUUGAAUUUUUUUUUCUGUGAUAUAUGUAGUGGCUUGUAACGUCAACAGAAGGAAAUAGAAUAUCAACCUAAGUUAAUAAUGCCAUUGGAAAUCUCAAAAUCACUGUUAUUGCGAACCUAAGUCGUGUCACAAAUACUUGGCAUUUAUACUCUCUGUCAUUAUUCUGAUUACUUUCACUUUGAGGUAGGUUCCAGUGUAGAUAACUUAUUUUAAUGCAGUGAAAACAAACGAGAAUAAUAUAUCUCAGGUGCAUUGUAACGAUGUGUUUUUUUUUUUGGGUUUGAAUGUGACAAUGUUGAUUUCACUAGGCAUUCUAUUUUGAAAAUAACCUUGGGAUGCACCUAGUAUUUCUUUGUAGCUUAUAACACUAUCAAAAAUGCUUUAAUUUCAUUAUACACAUGCAUAUGUUUAGUGAUUAGGUGUUCAGAUUAUUUUGAGCUUGUACCUUGCUUUGAACAAUAAUGUUCAAAUCACAAGCACCUUAUUUGAAACACACUUGCAUUUUUAGAUAAUGGCUCCUGGGGCAUGACCUACACUACGCGAUGGUCAAAAUGAUUCUUCACUCUGUCGUUUGUUUGGGAUGAAUUAUGUUCUGAGGAAGUGUUAUCAGAUGAUUCUUAGAGUUUAGCGAUCCCAAUUUUCAAGUAGACAAGGUUCUGUCAAAUGAAUAUCAUGCACAAGUGCCGGGGCUGCAUCGUCCACUGCGGUAGCAAGAUCUCUAUUUUUUGUUUCAAAAUCAAUGUAAGAAUUUGUCAGGUAAUGCCAAGGAUCAAAUUUUAUUUCAUUUCCAGGGAAAUGUCCUAAAUGUUUUGGUUUGCAUAGAAACCGUAGCAUAUCAGUGCCCGAAUAUUAAAAUUUCUAUAUUUUCAAGGUUUUUUAUAAUGUUUCAAAGUAUCUCAGUAUAUAUCGGCCAAUGGUUCAAAAACCAGUUUUUCAUUAUUUUUUUCUCUAUUUGCAUUCUAUUACCAAGCUGAUUUUACCGAAAUGAAAUUUUGAUCCUUGUGUAACAUCAUUGUAACUUUAGCAUGGUUCGCAUAGAAAGCAUUCAUAGAUCAUUAGUGGAUGAUUUCAAGUGGUACUUAUCUUUGUUUCAUUAGUAAUAACUAUGCUUUAGCACAGACAAGGCCAUUAGGUUGUCACAACCAUAGUGGCAUUGCCACUAUCUGAGCCUAGCCAAUAAACUCAGUUUGAUCUCCCCUGGUUUUUGCUUAUAAAUUGCCAUCAUGCUCCCACACAAGUCAUUGGAAUUGGAAUUGAAGUUGCUCAGAGCUUCUCACAUUCAAAAGCUAUGGAUCAUAAAACUUUGUUCUGCCUUACUAUUACCUCAUGCCUGGUCUUCUUUUCAGCUUCCUUUCCUAAUGGCCAACUUAAUUACAAUUUCUAUGAUGGCUCUUGCCCAAACUUGUCUAUGACCGUUAGGUGGGGUGUCUGGGCAGCUUUUCAGAAUGAUACCAGAAUAGCUGCAUCCCUGCUCCGCCUACACUUUCAUGAUUGUUUUGUGAAUGGUUGUGAUGGGUCGGUGCUUCUUGAUGAUACUAAGGAUUUCAAGGGGGAGAAGAAUGCUUUGCCUAAUCGCAAUUCAGUUCGAGGGUUUGAAGUCAUUGAUAGCAUAAAAGCAGAACUUGAAAGAGCUUGUCCGUCAACUGUCUCAUGUGCGGACAUAUUGACUCUAGCAGCCAGAGAAGCUGUUGGUCUGUCGGGAGGGCCUUAUUGGCCUGUGCCAUUAGGUCGACGAGAUGGAUUAACAGCAAGUGAGAAAGCAGCAAAUGAAAAGUUACCAUCACCUUUUGAUGCUCUUGAAAACAUCACUGCCAAGUUCGCAGCAAAUGGUCUUGAUGUGAAGGAUGUUGUGGUUCUUUCGGGAGGACACACAAUAGGUCUUGCUCAAUGCUUCACAUUCAAGAGGAGACUGUUUGACUUCAAGGGCUCCGGCAAGCCUGACCCCUCGCUUGAUUCUUCAGUUCUCUCAAGCUUGCGAAGCACUUGUCCCAAUGCCGACGGAUCGAACACCAAGCUUGCUCCUCUUGACUCUCAAUCUACUUACAGUUUUGACAACUUGUACUACCAAAACCUCGUGAACAAGACGGGCCUUCUUGAAUCUGAUCAAGCCUUAAUGGACGAUCCAAAGACUGCUGCAAUGGUCAAUUCCUAUAGCAUGUACCCGUUUCUUUUUUCACAGGAUUUUGCAGCAUCAAUGGUGAAGCUUGGAAAUGUUGGGCUACUCACUGGGAAAGCUGGGGAAAUUAGGAAGAAAUGUGGCUCUGUAAACUAAGAUUGUGCUUGUAAUGUUAUUGAUUAGUGGCUAUAUGGAAUUUGUGCAUGCCUUUAAUGUUGUUGUUGAACUUGUGGAUGAAUAAUAGAAGUGUGACUCUUGGAUCCACUGGCUGCUUAUACAGAUUAUCA